UGACUAACUUUAUUUAAAGCCUCGUUUUGCGAAGAUCAUCCACAGAACAUAUUCCUCAGAACAGUAAUCGGGUAAGUUUGGGGAACGAUUUCAAAUGGCUUUGUCUAAAGCGACUUUAAAAUAUUUGAUUGGAAUCAACUCGGAUAUUUCUAGCAUUUUUUUUUAUCUCGAUGAACGAACUAUCUUUUAUACGUGUGGUUGUUAUUGUGUCCUUUUUAACACCGAACAGAAAAACAUGCGGUUUCUCAUAGCAUCAGAGAAAGGAACUAAAAUAACUGCCAUGGCUGUAUCUCCGGACCGUAACUAUUCGGCCGUUGCUUUGAAUUCCGAGAAACCAACUGUGAACAUUUUUGAUUUGUUAACUGUGCAGAAAAUAAAAACUUUAAUUUGCCACGAAUUGCAAUCUUGUAAGAUCAUUAGUUUGGCUUUUUCAUAUUUAUCUCGAUAUCUUGUGGCCAUGUGUGACGACCCAUCACGAACCUUAAUUUACUGGUCAUGGAAAAGAUCGAAACUACUUCUCUUGACCAAAGUGACAGUUUCUGUGGCACCGGAGACUCUUUAUUGCCUUACUUUCAACCCUCAAACACAUUUCAACGUGUAUAUAUUUGGCAACAAGUUCCUUAAAUUGUUCCGCUUCGAAGGAUGCGAAAACAAACAAUUCAAUUUUCCGAAGAUCGUACCUCAAGAUUUCAAAUGCUAUUGCUGGGAUGCGAACCAACGUCUUUUGGUGGGUACAGGCAGUGGCCGAGUGUUGUUUAUCGAAGAUAAGGAUUUAAGACUUGACUUUAAUGUAUUCCAAUAUACGAAUAUUUCCGACGAAUCCGUCAAGUCAUAUGGAGUAACGGCUAUUUCCAGUUAUUCUGAAGGGUUUAUUACAGCGUGUGGUAAAUCUGUGCACUUUUUUGAAUGGGUUGAGGCCAAGGAUACUUACAAGUUUGUCAGGAGUGUAUAUCUGCCGUCACAUGCUUUGGACAACAGUGACCUGCAUGACCAGAUUAUAAAAUGGAUGGUGGUGAAUCCAUCGGAGGACUUUCUCGCUAUUAGCACCAACAUGAAACAACUGUAUUCUACACCAGUUAAUCCACCAGGAACAGAACAUUCGAAUAAAGUAAUUGUGUUUGAUGUCUUAGUUCAACCUUUCCAUUUUAAACCUAUCACUGGAUGUUGUGUUUGUACGUGGAAACCUUUCAUUGUAACCAGCUCUCUAGACGGUUCUAUAAAACUAUGGAACUACAAAACGUGUAGCUUAGAAUUUUCUGCAAAUUUUUCAUCAGAAGUCUACAGCAUAUCUAUGCACCCAAUGGGACUAUUUCUUCUGGCAGGCUUCAGCGACAAAUUACGUUUCAUGUAUAUUCGUAAGAACGACUUCAAACAGUUUAAGGAAUUCGAUAUCCGCAUGUGUACGCAUUGCAACUUCAGUCGAGGUGGUCAAAUGUUCGCGGCGGUCAGCAAUAACUUCAUACUAGUGUUCUCGGCGAUUAAUUUCGAAAGGCUAUUUAAACUAAAAGGUCACAACAGCAAAAUUCGAACUACCGUCUGGUGUAUGGAUGAUGAUAACCUUAUCUCAUGCGACUUGGGUGGAGCAAUUUACGAAUGGGAAAUAAAAACCGGGAAGCGAAUUAGUCAUUGUGCCUUGAAAUCAUGCGCUUAUAACGAUCUUGCAAUGAAUUUCGAGAAAAAAAUAUACGUCGUUGGUUCGGAUUAUUCCUUGAAAGAAAUCUACAAGUCUCAAUUAUUACGAGCAUUGCGAACGGAAAAUGUUCUUUACACAUCGAUUGCUCUGUCAUGGUCCAAUACAGUGCUAUUUGUGGGAACUAAUAAUGGUCAUAUAAGAAGUAUGGAGUAUCCUAUAAUUUUAAAUGGAAAAUAUGUUGAUUAUCCUUGUCAUAAUCUCGAAAUUACGCACGUGAUUUUUACACUCGAUGAUCGAUAUUUAAUUUCAACAUCAACAGAUUCUUCGAUUGCAAUAUGGAACGUUAGUGAUUCUGAAGGUCGAAGUUUCAGACGGGACCUGAGUGCCAUUUGGAUAGAAGAAGUUUUAUAUCCGAGCCAAGGAUUGAAAACAAAAAAUUCUGAAAUUUUAAAUCUGAAAUCCCGUGUAGAAAACCUCUCCAAUGAAAACUUGUACGAAUUGUAUCUCAGAGACAUGAGCUUCAAGGUCAAAUUAAAUGGGAUACGCGAAAAUCAUAUUCAAGAAAAAGAAAAUUUGGUAAGCAAAAAUAAAUUUCUAGAGAGCGAUAAAGUCAGAGAUAAGGCUAUGUUUGACGAACAAAUGGCAAAAAUUAUUGAACAGCAUUCCACAGACGUAGAAUCCCUCAAUAGUGUUGGUGAUAAGAAGUUAUUGCAAGAAUGUGAAAAAUACAAGAAGCUCCGUGCAAGAAUGGUGACACUACAUGAAGAACAGGAGCAACAAGAACAAGAUAUGGUAGAAGAACAUGAAUAUCUAGAAGAACAGUUGGAAAAAGAAUACAAAAAGAAACUCGAAGAUUUAGAGGAAGAAAUUGAUAAGUACGAGGAAGAAAUUUUGAUAAAGCAGAGGGAACACGAUAAGGAAGAGAAGCGGAUAGAGAGGGAUGCCGAAAGAGAAUAUAUCAAGAAAAAAACCGAAUAUGAGAAACAGUUAUAUAUCGAGAGAAAUUCUAAUUCUGAUACGAAAGACCAAAAUGACGUUUUGAAGAAGAAACUCUUAGCUUUCCCCAAAGAACUAAAAGAUAGUGAAGAUGAAUGCCAGAAAUACAAAAUGGAAGUAAAAAGACUAAACAUUGUUAAGAAUAAUCUGGAGAAAGAUAUAAGUCACCUGUUAAACGAAACAGAGAUCCAAUUUCAAGGGCUAAAUGAUGAAGAGAAACGUUUUUGUGACCUGAAGUUGAAGAAUCAAGAAAUCGAGGCGUCAAAAUGUGAACUGGAACAUAAAAAUAUCAUCGAAUUGAAACGCCAAGUCGAAGUGAGGGAGACGGCAAUUGAUAACUUGAAAAUGCAGAUCAGCGCUAUGGAAACCGAACUAGCAUACUUUGCCCACCAGUUUGUCACCAUGGGCCACACGAUAGCAGAAACGAAAGAGAAGUUAACAUCCACCUCGCAAGAACUGGACCAAGUACGCACGGUGCUGUACAAAAAAACAGCUGUGUUGAACCUAUUCUGCUCCGAUCUUUUCAGUUGCAUGUCCGUCCUACAAGAACCGCAAAAGCUGAAGAACAGUAUCAAAUUUCUUUAUAAAAAAUACAUCGAGAAGACCGAUAAGAUUGUCAUUACAGAACCCGGCGUACAACUGGAAUGGAAUCGGCAACGGAACCAUUUCGAAUACACCAUACACAAAGUAAAGUAUCAGCUGAACAGCACCACAAAACAUGUUUCUCGAGAUACUAAUCGCUUGCUAACGAAAUGCAAUAACAUAGGAGAUAUAUUGCAGAAAGCCAGACAUCAAAACCAUCGUUUGCAAUCGAUACUCGAGAGAGCUAAAUGAAAAUUACGUAUUGGAUCCUGUUUAUUUAUUCAUAUCACUAUAAUCAUUUGAAUGAAACGAAACGAAUCAUAUUUUGCAAUAUGUCUGUUUUACAUAGAGUAAAACUGCUGCGAAGCAAGAAUUUUUUAAUAAUAUUGUUAUAACUAAUAAAGUUAAUCUCACCGAA